AUGGUAUCCCACUCCGAGCACCAUUGCGGCUUCUGUCAGAAGACCUACGCGCGUCGUAUGUAUUCCAACCAUCAUGCGAAGAAGAUUACUUAUAGAGAUCUUCAGACGACUUACUUCUUCGACACAAACGGCGCUGUCAAGGGCUUCGAAAGCCAACGUCGCGUCGCAAGGCCUGCGACGCAUGCGUCCAGGCGAAAGCCAAAUGCACAUCCACCCUACCAUGUGGUCGUUGCGCCAGGCGUGGCGUUGCCUGCAGCUAUGCCAUCCAGCCAUCUAAUGCAUGGGAUGCUACGAAUCAAGGACGCCAUCCGGUGA